CAUCACUUCCGGUUAUUAAUGGCGCCUUUCUCGUGAGCGCGCUGUCUGAAUAUUUGGCGUCUUUUUAUUUUUUCUCUCCGCUGCUUUGCAGUCUUUAUUCCGGUACAGUGACAGCGUAAAUAAACAGCUGUUUUAGUGUAGAAUUCCAGCUGUGCUGUGUUAUAAACGCUUAUGCGGAGGCUGUUAUAACUUGUGUGUUGUCAGGAGAAGGCGCGAAACAGAGGCAUGACCGCGCGCUGAGGAAACACAGCUGUAAUGGAGGAAAAGAGGAAAGAAGCUCCUCCUGAAGCCGAGCUGCCGGAGAGCGGGAGCGAGCAGGGGGACAGCGGCCAGUGUGGACCUGAACAGAAAAACGGUUCCUGUAAAGAAACAGCACAUGCGGAUUUCAGCGAUCCGGUGUAUAAAGAGAUCUCUCUGGCUAACGGCACCAUUAAUCGCAUGAACAGAGAGGAACUGCGCGCUAAAUGUGCUGAGCUCAAGCUGGACACCAGAGGUGUGAAAGAUGUGCUGAAGAAGCGUCUUAAGAACUACUAUAAGAAGCAGAAGCUGAAGCAGUCGGCCACAGUUGGCUCUGAAGGCUCGUAUUACGACUACAUCUGUGUGGUGGAUUUUGAGGCUACAUGUGAAGAGAAUAACCCGCGACACUUUAUACACGAAAUCAUCGAGUUCCCUGUGGUCCUCAUCGAUACACACACUUUGGAGAUUGUCGAUUCAUUUCAGGAAUAUGUGAAGCCCCAGUUGAACCCGCAGCUCUCAGAUUUCUGCGUGGAGCUAACAGGAAUAACACAGAAAAUGGUGGACGAGGCGGAUCCUUUCCCUCGUGUUCUUCGCCGAGUGGUGGCCUGGCUGCAGGAGAAAGAGCUGGGCACCAAGUACAAAUACACUCUACUAACAGAUGGGUCUUGGGAUAUGAGUAAAUUCCUUUACACACAAUGCCGACUGAGUCGACUUCGAUAUCCUCAGUUUGCCAGAAAUUGGAUCAACAUCAGAAAGUCUUACGGGAACUAUUAUAAGGUGGCUCGAACCCAGACGAGGCUGAACUGCAUGUUGGAGAAUCUCGGCAUGCAGUAUGAGGGCCGACUGCACUGCGGCCUCGACGACUCGCGCAACAUCGCCCGCGUGGCCAUCCGCAUGCUGAAGGACGGCUGUCGGCUGCGGGUGAACGAGCGUUUGCAUGAAGGCGAGCUGCAGAACGUGUCCAGUACAGCGGGGUUAGAAGGAGCUCCGCCUCCUCAGUACCCUAAAAGCAGAGACUAAUUCAGUAGAGUAUUUGGUUCCAUUAUAGGUCAGUGAGCAGGAAUGGAAAUGAGUGACAGAGCUGCCUUGUGCUGCCUUUCAGGACCUUUUUCUAAUUGAUCUAAUUUGACUGAGCAGUGUGCUUUGUUUACUGCCAAUGUGUAACACUCAUAAUAACGGCCAGACUAAAUCUCCUGUCUGUGUUUAUACUAUGCAUAAUUUCUCACAAACACAUUUCACAAAGAAGUCUUUAUUUUGUAAUUUACAUCUCCAAAUUCAUUCUUUACUCUUUAGCUGCAGUCGUUUAGCUUCAGUCCUUCAGCAGUUAUAAAAGGUCCAUUAUUUUUAAAUACCAAUAAAGUGCCAUUCCAGUGUUCA